AUGAAUGAUCUAUUACCUACACUUGAUAUUGAAUCUGCAGCAGCAAUUGAUCACCAUCAUAUGAACAAUGUAGAAUCAAUCGCGCCAGCGAACGCAUCAACCUUGCAGCCAUCAAGAAGUCUCGACGCCAUUCAUACACAAAUUACUCCCGACAAAACUGUAUUAAGAAGUGACACAUUUUUGAAAGAAGAACAUGCUAAUUCAUCUAUCGAUAACAAAGAAUUACUUUCUAAAUUAUUUUCUAAAACAUUUGAGUGCAUCGGGGAUAACGGGCCAACCGAAUAUCAUUCAUUACUUUUAUUACCUAUCAAACAAAAUUCCAUUUCACAACCAACAUGUUAUAGCAUUGUGGAAAAUCAUGUUGCAAACUCAAAGUCCUUUUCCUUCAAAUCUAGUAGAGGUUUUUGUGGAAACGUAUUGAGUUUUCCUGUCUCUCAUGAAGGACAUUACACUGCAAAGAGCUUUAUAUCCAAGCUUAUUGAAAAAAAGCAAAGCAAAAAGCUGAAACAACAGAUGGAUGCAAUUUUUCAGAAAUUCUAUGACGAUCAUAAAAUUAUGGAACAAGAACCUGCCGUGAAUUUAGUGGAUGUAUCUGAUUGUGCUGCAUUUCAAGAUCGUUACGCUCUCUCGUCAAGUGCUCUGCUAUGCUCUAUUGCAAAGUGUUUUGAACUGUAUGCAGACAGAUACAUUUUGGCCUAUGCAGAUGAAAUUGGAAGAGUGGAACAAGUGGAAGAUGAUGAAACCCUCCUGAACUUGCAACAACGAUUUAUGGAGGAUGCAGACAAGUCAGCGAAGAUGGAACGAAUGAAAGCAAUAGCUUCAACCAAUGGUAGAGUUCAUUUACACAAAGUUCACAUUCACUCAGAAGUGUACGUAGAAAUACCUCCCUCGUUUCAAUACAAAAGCGACAUGGAAUCAGCAAAAUCAGAUAGCUCACACGCAACGAAUGCUUCUUCACCCAAAUUGAACAAGAAGGAAACGAAAUCUCAGCUACUACUCAUCAUCAACGGCUAUUACUCGAUAUUUUCAUCUAAAUUCCAAGUUAGUACUCCAGAUGGAGUGAUUAUUGGAACAGUGUCUUCGAGCUUCUCUUUCCACAUGAACAGAUUAACAAUUUACGUAAAAAACAAGAUACUGAAAACGAAAUACAUCAUUUCAAACAAGAAUACAGACGUGUCAAGAGCAUUUCACAUUAUAAAGAAAGGAAGAAGGUUCAAAAAUGGGCGCAGAAAAGCCAAAUACACCUGCACUUCUUGCAUUGUCAAACAAUCAAGUGGAUUUAUGAAUGAGUUGGUUGCACCGUUAGACAAUGUCGUGAUUGACUUUCCAGAAAAUUGUGAUCCUCUCGAUCAAGCACUUUUAUUUGCAGCUGCCUUGCUUAUUGAAUACAAGAUGUAG